GUCGUUGUCGCGCGAGGCGCAACAAAAUGGCCGCGCGGCGAGCGCGUCGUUGUCGCGAGGCCGUGGAAAAUCGCUGGAAUAUGAAAAACGCUUUGUUUGCCGCGUUGUACGCGCAUGCCAUACGUGAAUUGAGGUCAGGAAAACCAAAGCGGAGCACAAAAAUAUCAAAACCCGUUUCUUUAUUCUUUUUUUUUUACAAUAAUAAAUUCCGUUGAGUUAAUUCGUUUAAUUUUAUAAAGUAUGUUGAUUUAUGAGUGCCACAUAUAUUCACACACAUACGCAUGCGUACGGGGCGCGCUGGUAAUUGAAAUAGCUUUGUUGCCAUGGAGAUUAUCGCGGUUUUAUUAUUUUUAAUUAAAAACACACCAGCCACACACGUUAUUUGCGUGCGGCGGACAUCGAUGCAUGGUGCAAACCGCAAAAAUCUCAACGCAAGUCACAUGUAACGUACUUAAGCGAUUAUUUUAUGAAGUUUAUGAAGUUGAGUUGAAUGGGCGUGUUUUUAGGCGGAAUUGAGCGAGGAAGAGUUGCGCGUCGUCGAGUUACACGACGAGUCGGUGAAGAGAUAGUUGGUGCGCAAUCAGAGUCGAGGAACGGGUUAAGCACACGCCUAUCUGUGGCUUAAGUCACUUGUUUAGGAGACUUGGAGUGUAACCGCCGUGUUUGUAUCAAGGUUAAUUUUUACAGGCGUCAUCGGCGAGUACAACGGCGAGGAGGCAACGCAGGAGUACAGCCCGUCCUCACAACCGGCCGAGGGGGCCGAGCUGUCGCCGCAUUCUCGCGCCGCCACGCCUUUGGAAUGUAUGCAGUACGGCGCAACAGGCGGCGACUACCAACGCGCCACAAUCCUACACGACACCAGCGAGUAUAUCGAUGCAUUCGGACGCCGCAUGGACGAUGUUGCGGGUAUGGAUGACUCGCCGAGUGAACACCAUCAGCAUUACACCCAAUUGGAGGGCGCGAUGACAAACGCCGCCGACGGUUCAUCACCACAUGACAGCCAUGCGUCGAGCGCAGCGGCAUCACCGACGCGUCUGCAUGCGCACAACGCCACAUUCACACACAUGGAAGCGCUGUCUGCAUCUGGCGGCGGCGAUCAACAACAUCUCGAGUUGCAAACGAUCAACGCCAAUGACGGCCCCGAACUGACGCAACUCUCUAGUCACAUCACUUAUGGCGGCGUUGUACCCGCGUCCGUUGCGGAAAAUAUUGCCGGUCCGUUGUUUAACAAUUCGCGUUCGAUCGCAAAUUACACCACGCAGGCCAGCAUGCCGUUUUAUUCCACUUCCUCACCGGAGCCCACUCAAAUCUGGUCUGCAACAGGCUUAAACAAUCCGCAAAUGUUAAACAUGUGCUCAGAUGAUUUCGUAAAAUCAUCCAACACAUCCCUGCCAGCAUUCAACCGAUUAGGAAUGUCGCACGGUGGUUCAACCGGCGGCGGGGGCGGCGGAGGUGGCGUCGCACAAAACGCGCAUCGACACAGCUCCUAUCCAAUCGCACCACUGGCAAAUGGAAGCUACGCCAACGCCGACUGGACAUUCGAUGCGCACAACCCGCACAGCGCGCCGUAUAAUAUUAUGCCGUCGCCGGCAUCCCGCCCCCGCCAACAGCACGCAAUGAGUGCCGCCGCCUCGCUGUCAGCCAUUGACCAAAGGACGGCCGAGUACUUCACCGAAGGGCGCGAGUGCGUAAAUUGCGGUGCGAUCGACACGCCGCUGUGGCGUCGCGACGGCACCGGCCAUUACCUGUGCAAUGCCUGCGGUCUCUACCACAAGAUGAACGGCAUGAAUCGGCCACUCGUCAAGCAGCCUCGUAGAUUGAGCGCUACCAGACGUGUGGGGUUGACAUGCUCCAACUGUCACACGAGUACUACGUCUCUCUGGAGGAGGAAUGCCGUAGGUGAGCCGGUGUGCAACGCAUGCGGGUUGUACUACAAGCUGCAUGGUGUCAAUCGUCCUUUGGCGAUGAAGAAGGAUAAUAUACAGACAAGAAAACGCAAACCCAAGGGAACAAAAGAAGCUUCUAACAGUAAUGGAAACUCGUCUUCUUCUGUGAAGAUGGCCUGUUCAUAUUAUCCAACGAUGUCGGGCGGAAAAAAUGAUUCUGCCCAUGGUUCUAUUAAAUUAGAACAAGAAAAUGGCCUGUCCCAAUCGGGGGCUUUGAAUAUGAGUCAUUUAACGUCUCUUAAAGGAGAGCAAAACGAUCAUGUCAGUAGCAUCAAGCUUGAACAUAUGGAUUAUGCAAAUGACUUGAGGACAAUGCACAUGCAAAACAUGUCCACACCACAGGCAUACAUGUACACCACAUCUUCUCACUCAAACCGUGGGUCACCGUUCGGUGCCGCACAGUCGCCGCCGUACGCCGCCUCCCAGACAUCGCCGUACAGCAACCACCAGACGCCGCCUUAUUACGAUAUCAUUGGCGGCCAUCAAGCGAGCCCCAGUCCACCGGAAGCCAACGCUUCCCCUGGCUCUCAAUCGCCGCAUAGCAACAACAAUAAUAAUAUCUCUAAGGGUAUGAUGGCUGAGAUGAACAACAUGGAUCGCCCUACGGUUGUCUCCAUGUCUUCGGUGCAAUAACGCGCACGCAACAGACGCUAACGAAAGCUUAGAUAAAAAGAAUGCAAACAUGAAUUUAUAUUGACAGGAAAAUAGUUGGAAUCCGAAUGAUAAUUAAUUUUCGAAUAUUUGUAUAUUAUUUCAAGUCGUUUGCAAUGGAUGAUGCUCCGAGUGCUUGACUUAUCACCGUUUAAUUUUGUAAAUAUUGCUACUCUAAUUAGUUGAUUAAUUUGUUUGCCACUCGUCGCACGUCACAGACCGCACGCUCGCACAUGAAUACGUUAAGCGUAGAAUAAUUUCUAGUUUAAGCUCAAGCAUUGAUUGUUAUUUUUUGUUAAUUUCAUGUAUAAAUUUUAAUCGCUUUCCGCUUGUAUGUUUAUUGCUGACUGAUUUCAAAUCAUUGCUAGGUUAGGUGUGCGCACAAUUAUUCCGAUCGUAAUUCGCAAGGUUAUUAUGUAAGUCUUUAUUUUACAAAUGGCGAUAGGGGACAAAUUGGCUCUCUUUGGUCACGCAGUCACGGACGUGUACAGAAUCUAUCUCUUCUUUGUUAUAUCAUCAUAUACCAUAUUUUAUGUAGAACUUUAAGUUUCUUAUACGUUUCUUGGUUUCUUAAUAACCUGAGAAGAGCAGGACAUAUAUUUGUAAUUUUAUAAGUACAUUUAUUGAGAUGAUAUUGUAUGGUAUAGGAUAUUUUGUUCUUAGAAUUGAUUAUAAAUAUAAUUUUGUUUCAAUAAAAAAAUUAUUAUUAAGAA